AUGGCCGGGAGUCCUCCAGUUGGUCGCAUGAAACAAACAACGACCCCACCUGCUGCAUUUCUCUCUAAACAAGCAAGCGGUCUCCUCCUUUUUCGCUCAUCGUCUUUUGUAGGAAAAAAGAAACAGACAAUGUCAGACUGUCUCCCGAAGGAGGUUAUCACCGACAUCCUCUCACGAUUGCCUGUGAAGUCGCUCAUGAGAUUCAGAUGCGUUUCAAAGGCAUGGUGCUCUCUAAUCUCCACCCCCAACUUUAUCUCCACCCAUCUCAAUCGCUCUCUUUCCAACUCCCCACACCAGCCCUACCUCUUCGUCUGCCAUUGCUGGACUUUGCACACCGUCCUGCUUUAUCCAUCCGAUCCAGAAAUAGAACAGAAGGGUGAUUUCUUUGCAAACCCAUCAGAUCGCAUAGAAUUGCGUGAUCCAUCUAACAAUGAAUAUUCCUUGCACUUAGUUGGCUCAUCUAACGGCCUACUUUGUCUUGCCACUCUGAAUUUCGAUAACGAAGUUGGCUUAUGUGUUCUCUGGAACCCAUCCAUUCAAAAAGCCAUCUACCUUCCCAAGCCUAAUCUUGGAUUUGACCGUUCGUUAAACAAAUCAUUUGGCUUUGGGUAUGAGCCCACGACUGAUGAUUACAAAUUGGUGAGGCUUGUGUAUCCAGAUACUGAUUAUAUUGGUUUCAAAACUGUUCCACCUCUGUCCACUGGCCCGCACACACUCCACGGCGUCGUGGCGUCUUUCGCAAUGUGA